UAAAAAAACGAUACGUCGUUAUAGCGCCCGCGGCAGGGCAGAAAGUAAGUACAAACGACGUGCUGCCGAAGCUCCUUGUCUUCGUCGUUGAUCUCGGUCUCCCCAAUUCCGGUCUUGCUCCUUCCAAAUUUCUGAGAAACCCAAAACGCUGCAAAACCCGACCUCCAUGAUUCGCUCCCGAAGCUCACCGAAACCUGAUCAACAAACCAUAGUAGUGAAAUCGGCAGUGGCAUCUAGACUUCUGCUGCUGAGCUUAAUCCUGCUAUGGCGGACUCUGCUUAGCCCUUACGACACCUCUGCAUCCUUAAACCCAAAUUGCCUAAACCAACACCCUUCACCGCCUCAUGCUCAUGCUCAUCCUAAUCCUCAGCAGCAACCACCCCUAUGGCCCACCCUGGCUUCGGCCAUCGAAUCCAGCGUCGUCUGGGACGGUGUCUACUUCGUCCGCAUCGCGCAAUGUGGCUACGAGUACGAGCAAUCCUAUGCCUUCUUGCCCCUCCUUCCCCUUUGCAUUUCCAUGUUGUCCCGAACAGUUUUUGCUCCGUUGGUUCCUGUUAUUGGGCAAAGAGCCGUGUUGGGUUUAUCCGCCUAUGUGAUCAAUAACAUUGCCUUCGUGUUUUCUGCUGUUUACUUUUAUAGGCUUUCAGUUAUUAUUUUGAAGGACACUGAAGCAGCAUUGAGGGCUUCAAUUUUAUAUUGCUUCAAUCCAGCUUCCAUAUUUUACUCAUCUGUAUAUUCGGAGAGUUUGUAUGCUCUAUUUUCAGUUGGAGGAUUGUAUCACCUAAUAUCCGGGAAAAAUAGUAUUGCUGUUCUUUGGCUUGCUCUCUCUGGAUGUGCAAGGUCUAAUGGAAUUCUUAAUGCAGGUUAUGUCUGUUUUCAGACUAUGCAUCUAGCUUAUGUUGCUGUAUUGAGAAAGCGUCCUGUUUUGGCAAUGCAGGUAAUUUGUGGUGGAGCACUGCGUUCUAUUUGUAUUUUUGCUCCAUUUGCUGCUUUUCAAGCAUAUGGAUACUACAAUAUCUGUCUGGGACAUCUUCCUAAUGAAAUGAGGCCAUGGUGCAAAGCAAGAAUACCUCUGUUGUAUAACUAUAUUCAGAGUUAUUAUUGGGGAGUAGGUUUCUUGCGGUACUUCCAGUUAAAGCAGCUGCCAAAUUUUCUACUUGCAUCCCCUAUACUAUCUUUGGCAGUUUUCUCAAUUGUCCAAUAUGCAAAAUCAGAGCCUGAAAAGUUUUUCUCUUUGGGUUUUCGUGCUUCAGCUGAGGACAAGAAUUCUGCUGCUGUGCUUUUUUCUCUUGAGGCCAACCUAAGAGCAAACAACAGUCAUGUUAAAGAGAAUUCCUCCCGUAAAGUAAAAGAAAAUCAUGAUCUUAGACCAAAGAAGCAAAAAGUGAAAGAAGAGGCUCCUCCGCUGCUCCUAGAACCACAUGAAGCUUUGGCGAACAGAGGAUACCUGUCUGUUUUUGUUCUUCCUUUUAUUUUGCAUAUGGGAUUCAUGGCAGCCACAGCAUUUUUUGUCAUGCAUGUGCAGGUUUCUACGCGUUUUUUAUCUUCCAGCCCUCCACUUUAUUGGUUUGCCUCCUAUUUGAUGAAGUCACCUGGAAGUUAUAGGAGAUGGGGUUAUAUGAUUUGGGCAUACUCUGCGGCCUACAUUCUUCUUGGCAGUUUGCUGUUUUCAAACUUCUACCCUUUUACCUGAUAGGAUAUGAGACUGAAUUCUCCAGUAGUGUUUUGUGCCACUCCUUUCUACUAUGCCCAGACCGGCAUUGUCUGCUGAAGUCCAUCUCUUAAAACGCUUGCCUUGCCCAAGGUUAUGCAGCAUUUGGAAUGCUGUCAGAUAAAAUCUGGCCACAGGAGUUUUACAAAUAUCUCUGCAAUUGUUUGUUUGAAACAAAAUUUAUGUGGCUGAUAGAAAUCAGUUUAACUUAAUUGAAUCAACAAAUAAGAAUUGAGUUGUUUGUACUU